AUGGAAAAUCUGACUUCAGUCCUCAAAAACUCAGGAAGUAACAUAAACUGCCUUGAGACCUUCUCCAGUUAUGAAGGGUCUAUGACUCCUCUCCAAGAGACACCGUCUCGCCUGGGCCGUAUCAUGAAAUCCAAACCCAAUAUGACCUGCAGGCGAAAACGUGAAUUCAUUUCAGAUGAGAAGAAAGAUGCCUCUUAUUGGGAGAAACGGCGCAAGAACAAUGAGGCAGCCAAGCGCUCCCGUGAAAAACGGCGUCUUAAUGAUAUGGUUUUGGAGAACCGUGUCAUCGCACUGAACAAUGAGAACGUGAAGCUCAAGAGUGAGCUGCUACAACUGAAGUUACGCUUUGGCCUUAUAAGCACAGCCUCUUACAUUGAAAAGACUCAGCAGAUUGAAGGAAAAAACAGCACAGGAAAUGGAGGUUCCUCCUCUUCAUCAUCUUCUCAGUACUACUCCAGCUGUUAUUCAAGCAGUUCUCAGGUGAUGAUCAAUUCUGACUCCUCCGAAACCGAGCAGUCCGGGCUCAACGCAGGCCACAGGCAGCAGGUGUUAUACUCGCCACGUGGUUCCCUGUCUGACAUGUCAGAUGGCUCCUCCAGAGACAGCCCGGAGCCAAUUCCCUUUGAGAUCAAGCAGGAAGGUGACAGGCUAGAGAUGGAUAUUGCCAAUGGAACUACCACCCAGAUCAUCUUUAACAUUCAUCGAGGUCUGGCCAAUGUACCCACUCAUCACAAGCUCCAGCAACAUUCUCAGGAGAUGGAGGCUGCUUAUCAUAGCCAGCAUCAGGAGUUUCACCAACAACAACCCCAUCAGGAGCCUGUUUCCAAUAUCAAUAACCAGCUUGCCCCUCAACCACCUGCUGCCCAGACAAGUGUUAUUCUCUUUGGUCCCAGUAGUGCCUCUUAUCCUGUGGACAGCUUGACACGGUCCCAAGAUAUUGGUAUGCAGAAGCAGAACAGAAGUAGCAGUCAGGCCUUUGCCGGCCGACCACCCCAGUCCUUUGUAGAGAGCUCUGCAGAGCCCCUACCCGAGGUGACAAAACCACUUGAGAAGAAAACAUCAGACUGUACUUCAUACGAACUCUCGGGCAGCCACAAUGAAGCUGAAGAGAGGCACGUGUACAAGAAUUUCCAAUCUCCACAACAGACCCUGCAGGAGCAGCAGGUGUCUCAUUUGCCUACAGAUUAUAUCCCCCAACAAGUGGAGGACAUCAGUCAAUCCCAUCUCUACAACCAUCAGCCUCCUCCUUCAUACCUUAUUUCCCAAGAUGAGGAGCCACCUGUUGCUACCAAUGAGGGCGAGUUUCCAAAUGAAGCUUACUAUCAAGUCCAAUCAAGUUUCUCUACUAAAGACACAUCAUCUAGUGAUGGAGAUCCAAGGAGCUCUGACAAAGAAGCCUCCACUGACGAUGACGAGUCUCCUUCCUCAACCUGCUCAGACAACUACCACAACCGGCAUCUCAUCAGCAUGCACGAGCCUGCCUCCCCUCAACCUUCAUCGCAGAGCUACUCUCAUGCCCAUAGCCGAGACCCCCAGGGCGAGGUGAAGGGCACGGCGUUACCCCACAAACUCAGGCUUAAACAUCGAGCCAUAAGCUCCGGGAGCAGUGGAGGCCAUUGCUCUGGACAAGAGUCCCCAACUACACCUCCCUCUGCCACAUCGCCACCCCUUCCUCAGCAUCCCUAUUUAUCACUGUCACCACAACAGAACAUUCAGAGAGAAAACCCAGCUGGCGCCUUGUACCUGGAAGAAUCAGACAAGGAAGACACAAGGAAGCCUAACGGCAAAAAGGACACAGGUGGUCGACGGAAUAAGAGGCGAGAGUAG